GGGUUUCACUCGUGAUAAAAAAAAAACAUACAUUAAUUUUAAAAAAAACUUUUAUCAUCGCGAUUAGCCAGUUUUUGUAAAUUAUUAAUUAAUUACUGAAUAGUGAAUUAUCGAUUAAUUACAACUCGGGAGCUGUCAGAAUGGGACCAAGGCCGGAAGAUAUCCUAAGUGGAUUUCAAGUGAACUGGAUGAAUUUACGAGAUGCCGAUACGGGAAUCGUGUUGUGGGAAGGCAAUGACGAUCUGUCGUUGCCGAACAAAGAACACGAAGCCAGAGUACCGAAGAAAAUAUUGAAAUGCAGAGCCGUGUCUCGAGAGAUAAACUUUUCGUCGGUCGAACCAAUGGAAAAGCUUAGGUUGCAACAAAAAGUACUUUUCAAGGGUCGUUGUUUAGAAGAAUGGUACUUUGAAUUUGGUUUUGUUAUACCAAAUUCUACUAAUACGUGGCAGUCACUAAUCGAAGCUGCUCCAGAAUCUCAAAUGAUGCCUGCCAAUGUGUUAAACGGCAACAUUGUAAUAGAGACGAAUUUCUACGACGAUGAACUUCUGAUAUCGUCGUCAAAAGUUAGACUUUUCUACAUAUGAUAGUGUCAAGGGUGCAAUACAUGUUGUACUGUGUUCAGAACAAUUGUUUUUUUUUGUUAACUUAUUUUUUUUAUAUUUGUAGCUAUUGCUUUGUAAGCAAGUGCACACUCAAUCGUUGCUAUUUUUAAGGCUAAGGACACAAGUUGUCUCAUUGGCGAGCGAUUUUAUACUAUUAUUUUUUAUUUUAAGAUAGACGUGCUAUUUAAUGUUUCUAAAUGUACUCUGUGAUACACGAGAACAUUUUAACUAUUAGUUUAAUUGCAUUAAACACCACCAUAUUCAUGGGAACGUUGAGACGCACAAUAGCUGCAGCUGCUACUGCUAGUGGUACUAGAGUACCCGAAAAUUAACUAAACUAUCUAUGUAUUGUACAAUGAAAAAUAUAUAAUAUUUUAAAAUAUGUAUCAUAUAUAUAAAAAGGUAUCAUUUCGAUAUUAGGUACACCAAUUCGCCUAUAAGUUUUAAGUGUCAACACGCUAGUCAUUUGUAGAAAAUAUAAUAU